AUCGAAGACUUUCGCAACGGUAGUGCAGUACUCGAGUUCGUCAACGAGUACGAGUACAAAGGAGUACUCUUCGUCGAGAUCGCCACAGAAAUCAAGACUGGCAGCUCUGCCAAACGCCAGAAAGUCGAAUUUUCGGCAGUGGUUCUUGGUCAAAGUCGGGAAGAAGCUGGCAAAACGGUGUUACUCAAGCGCCCUGGCACACUUUUCCAGAUCGUGGUCGGCUUGGAGCUCAAACAGGGCGGAGAUAUUGGCGUAGGUCAUGUUCACUGGUGCUCUGGUCUGCAGUUGAAGUGGGUGCCCAAUAUUACGACGUCCACCAAAGCCGCGUCUGGCCUUUUUGCCGAGAAGAAGCUGCAGGAUGCCAGAGUCGAGCUGGUCAAAGAUCUUUACAACUUGAUCAGGGAGGAAGACUGGUCUGAUAUUUCAUGGGAUGAAGUUGAGACUAGAAUCGAUGAUGUACAACGCCAACUGGACGUCGAGAACUCUCCCAAGAGACGCCAGCAACAAGUACACAAGAAGACGAACAAGACCAAGAAGGCCAAUGAGGAGGCCGAACAGGAGGAGUCUCCUGAAGUAGAUGACUGGCUCGACAACAGCAGACAUAUCGUUCGUAACUGCAAGUUCGAUAUCGACAAGAGCGACAAGUUGAACGACAAGCAAAAGGCCAGAGUCAAGAUAAUGAUGACAGACUACGUGUCUAAAGAGCCUGUUGACUUCAAGAAACACAACCAUGAGCUGGCAACGCUUCUGGGCAAGGCCUUUGCGACUUCGUUCGACAUCGAGAUCCUGCACGACUUCACCAAGGCGAGAGAUGUCAACCUCGACCUCUUCGGCCUUCAGACUUUUGCCAGGUUCGCAGGCUGGUGGGAGACAGCUGACGUAAGAUCGCGCAGCCGUUCACCUGGUCGUUGGCCUAGUCGUUUGCACAGUCUUUCGCGCAAUCGUUUGUCUGGUCGUCCGCACAGUCUUUCGGCUAGCGUCCACUCUGCACCCGGCAAGGUACCUUCUGGCAAGCACUUCAUGUGGGAAGUCACGAACUUUGUGACCUCUUUCUUCCAGGGGGAC